UAGAGGUGUAAAGUGGGCCGGCCCAGCCCACAGAUGGCCCGAAGAACUUCAAAACCCAUGGUUGGCAGUCAUUUGAUCCUGACCUAUCCAGUCAGUAGCGGGAAUGUAAAACGGUUGGUUCAGAAAGAACAGGGAGAGAGAGCUGCAACAAUGGCUUACACACUCUUUUCCCAUACUUGUUUCAUCUUCCCUUCUCAGAUUCCAUCUGGAAAAUUGAAAUCCUCCUUUGUCUACAAUGUUGGCAGGCGGGUCCUCACUCGUUGCUCGGCGAAGAAGAAGAUCGGUUUCUUCGAUCAAAUUCUUGAUUAUAUAGAAGGGGGUCCCAAGUUAAGGAAAUGGUAUGGGGCACCUGAUCUCGUGCCAAAGGAUAAAUCUAUUAUGGAAGAAGAGGAUGAGUAUCCAGAUGAUGAAGUCAGGGAUGCUGUUCUAGUGACUGAUGGAGAUAGUGAUAUUGGUCAGAUAAUAAUAUUGUCACUAAUUGUCAAACGAGGAGGUCGAGUUAAAGCAUUGGUGAAAGACAAACGUACUGCUAGGGAAGCUUUUGGAACUUAUGUUGAGGUAUUGCAUUUUAACUUGUCCAUGGUUGGAGAUGCAAGUAAUAAGACAUUUCAAAAGAAAGCUCUAAGAGGUGUUCGUGCUAUCAUAUGCCCAAAUGAAGGUUUUCCAUCUACUAUUGGGAGCUUGAAAGGCAUAAAUCAUGUAAUUUACCUAUCGCAGUUAUCUGUUUAUAGAAGUAGCAAUGGAAUUCAGGCUCUCAUGAACAGCAAUGCAAGAAAAUUGGCUGAGCAAGAUGAGGCGACACUUACAGCCUCAGGAGUUCCUUACACCAUCAUCAGGGCUGGCGCAUUACAGGACACUCCCGGUGGAAAGCAGGGUUUCAGCUUUGAAGAGGGUUGUGCAGUAAGGGGAACUCUUAGCAAGGAAGAUGCUGCCUUCAUUUGUAUCGAAGCACUUGAUGCUAUCCCUCAAAAAGGAUUCACUUUCGAGGUAAGUAAUGGAGAAGAGAAGGUUUUAGAUUGGAAAGCAUGUUUGGCUGGAUUGAUGGAGAAAGCAGGGCAGCAGCUUCAAUAACUAAUGUCUAAGCAAGAGAACUUGCUUGAAUGUUUCUUUUUUCAUUAUCUUCUGGUUUUUUUUUUUUUUGCUGGUCUUGUCUUUUGAUGACUUGUUUCAAGGAUUGAACAAAAUGUAAAAAUGAUUAGGAUUGAACAAAAUGAAAAUUUGUCGCCGGAGCCAAUUUUCCGGCUGGACCUCAUGCUGGGAAGUGGGAACCACGGGUGUCGGGUGGCAGACACCCGAGAUGAUGCGGAGGAGGUGACGUG